AUGGGUAAGCCUCAAGAUCGUCGACAGCGCGAGACUCUGGCUCGCGAUGAUGAAAGAAGACGAAAUAUCGUGGGCACUGCACGUGAACUGAUUUACGACAAGAACUUAGCGGUCGGCAGUGCGCCAGUUGAACGUAUCCUUAAACCACAUUCAUGGGUGCCUACUUCGAACGCAUUCUCGGAUCGCCUUGGUCCCUUGGGGUUCAAUAUUUUCCGGGCGCUUGUUGUCGAUCUCUUACAUGAGUUCGAGAUCGGCGUCUGGAAGUCCCUUUUUACUCACUUGCUGCGCAUCAUUUUGGCGCAUGAUAAAUCUCUUAUCCAUGAAUUAGACCGGAGAUACAGACAAAUUCCAACGUUUGGCCAGGCGACCAUUCGAAAAUUCUCUGCCAACUCCUCAGAGAUGAAGCGGAUGGCGGCUCGCAAUUUCGAAGACUUACUCCAGUGUUCUAUCCCAGUCUUUGACUGCCUUCUUCCGGAACCGCACAACACGAUCGUCCUCAAGCUGCUAUUUACGAUGGCGCAUUGGCACGGGCUAGCCAAACUUCGGAUGCAUUCCGAUCUAACCCUUGACAUUAUGGACCUCGUCACUUCAGCAGUUGGGCAACAGUUCCGUGAAUUCAAAGCCAAGGUUUGCGCCGCUUACACCACCCGCGAACUUAAUCGGGAAGUCGAGUCUCGCACGCGACGCCAUGCAAGACAAGCAUCCAAACAAAAUGGUGCGCGCAAGGGCAAGCAAGGCGCUCUGAAUCAUGGGCAGCGCACGAAGGUUUUCAACUUUCAAACAUAUAAAUUCCACGCUCUAGGCGAUUAUGUAUCUACAAUUCGGCGGUAUGGCACGUCCGACUCGUACAGCAGUGAACCAGGUGAACUUGAACACCGGUCCCCUAAGGCCAGUUAUCGCCGCACAGAUCGCAAGUUCUUUGUGAGACAGUUGACUCGGAUUGAACGCCGCCAGACUCGUAUUCGUCGCGUGGGUGACAGGAUUGUCCAUCGCCCUCAUAUCGAAAUCACGGAGUUAGCGAGAAGCCCGGACGUUCAUCACCAUAUAGGCCUGACGCAAAAGCAUCCUAUACAUAUAGGAUCCUACUUGCGCCUUCAUGAAGGCGAUCCUGCUAUUAAGGUGCUCAUCGCGCCUAAGUCCACCUCGAUCGACUACUCAUCGUUCGGACAAGACUGUCCUUACUUUGAGAUUGUCAGUGACUUUGAAGACAUCCGUCUUAGAAGUCACGUGACACGCGCGUCUCUGAUAUCUGUCGACUCGACGUCGCCAGUCUCAGUCGCUACACCGGACCCUUCCGGUUACGUCACGAACGUUAGCGGACGACGCCCUUACGAUGUUCGUCGAGCCCAAGACGUCAUCAACCCGCGAACUUCCCACUGCAACAUUAUGGUCCUCCGCGCCGAAAACGAUAUGGGACCCCGAGGUCACAGAUUUAUUUAUGGCAAGGUACUAGGUAUUUAUCAUACUAAUGUAAUUUUCAUUGGAGUCGGUAUGAUCGACUAUACACCGAUUCGAAUGGAGUUUCUAUGGGUUCGGUGGUACGAGCCCAUAGAUCGGAUUUCUACCUGGGACACCUCAACCAUGGAUCGUGUUCGAUUUCCGCCUAUGGCCGAUGAACACUCGUUUGACUUUCUGGAUCCGACCGACGUCCUUAGGGGCUGUCAUAUCAUUCCUUCUUUUGCUCGCAAAAGGCGACGGCCUGAUGGAUCAGGUCUUUCAGCAUGCGCAGGAGAUAAGGAUGAUUGGUGCGCAUACUACGUUAACCGGUUCGUGGACCGCGAUAUGCUAAUGCGGUUCCACUUCGGUCUUGGAGUGGGGCAUACUUACUCGCACCACCGUACCUUACAAGCUGAAUCUCACGAUGAAUGCCUUGCGGGGUUUGAGCAUAAUGUUCAAGAUUUAGGAGAUGACGAGGAAGUUGAAAGUCACGAUGAAGACGAAGAGGAGGAUAAUUCCAAUUGUGAUCGGGACGAGCUCCCUGAGCAAGAGUUCGGCUCCAGCAGCGAAUCGCUGUCAUCCGAGUUUCACGAGAUGUACGAUAGUGACUUAGAAUUAGAUUACGAGAACUAA